AACAAAGACCCCAGUCCCGCUCUUCAGACGUGAUCUAGCCUGCUAGGUGUGGAUGCAACAUUUAACUCCCCACGGUGUCACAAUUCAGACGUUGAGACCAUGUCUUUUUCAUCUGUGUCUUUCUCUUCCUUUUCUCCAGAAGCCCCCUCGGGGGUUACAUUGUCAUUCCAGGCAUCCAGUGACCCCAAAGGGGGAGUGACUAUGCAGCUGCGUUGCCAGGGCACCUUCAAUCCUGUGGAAAUUGAAUGGUUUAGAGAUAAGCGCUCACUGAUUCCUGCCGGAAGCCAUUAUAGGCUCAGUCCUGAUCAAAUGCAUCUCACCAUCUGGAAUUUCACUGCUCCCCAGGAUCUGGGAGAUUACAGCACCGUCUGCUCCAAUCCACUGGGAACACAACGAACUAACCUCACUAUUAUUGGCCCCUCAAUCUCUGAAUGGACUUUGGCAAAAGGACCCCAACCAGGCACUGCCUCUCUAACUUGGACGGUCCCAAACAAGUCAGUGGUGACCAGUUUCAUGAUUCAGAUGCGAGGUCCAAAACAACGUCGUUCUGCUGAGGAAUGGAGUACGGUGGAAGUGCUAGGAGCUACCAACCGAUCCACAACUGUUAUAGGAUUGCAGCCCCAAACGGCUUAUGCUUUCCAAAUAGUGCCUUAUCUGGGAUCCCAAGCUGGGAACGCCACUCAGAUUCAAACCCUCCACCCAGGUAGGUACAGGUUUUGCAGGUGGUUUCGGGAAUAGAUUAUCGAACCAUAAUAUGAUGUACUAUCCUAUCUUCACACAUGCAAACAAACACUAAUAACUUGGAUUAAUGAAAUCAAAAGAAUGUGCUCGGAGCUCUUAUAUGCAUUAAACUAGAAAAGCUGAUAAUAUUUACGAGCAACUUCUUGGCUUU